CGCCUUCUAGCAUCAGUGGCCUGUGGAUGUCGGUAACCCGGCGACUGUCAUCAUCUGUCAAAAUCGAUACAUGAAACACUACCUACCUGUAGGACCUCAAGCAACACUUUCAUUUUUGCCAUGCAAUCUGAGUGCCUAUAAUCCGAAUAAAUUGGAUUUUCUCUCAGACAACCGACCAUUUUAAGGACUUGGAUUCAAUUAUUUUUCUCAUUUGACUUUCAAAAGGUGCCGAUAUAAAUCAUGGAACGCUAAAAUGGAGAGGAAGAAAAAGGUGUUGGUAUUUGAAAUUUGUGGAAGCAUGAUGUGGGAUGGAUAGAAAAAACGCAACCUUUACUAUGGCCACUAAUGACCCUGACAAUCUUGACCCUCCCGGGACCCCCCAGCCUGGUGACCUCAUUGAGAUCUUCAGACCAGCCUAUCAGCACUGGGCUCUGUACCUGGGAGACGGUUACAUCAUCAACUUGACACCUGUUGAUGAGAGUCAGGCUGCAGCCAUCUCCAGUGUGAAGUCUGUGUUCAGUCGGAAGGCAGUGGUGCGAAUGCAGCUUCUAAAGGAAGUGGUUGGAGACGACUUGUACCAGGUCAACAACAAAUACGACGACCACCACACUCCAUUGCCCGUUGAUGACAUCAUUCAGCGAUCUCAAGUUCUCAUUGGCCAGGAGGUGUCUUAUGACCUAUUGGGCAGUAACUGCGAGCACUUUGUUACCUUGUUGCGCUACGGAGAGGGAGUGUCUGAGCAGGCCACACGGGCCAUUGGGGCCAUCACAUUGGUGACAGCUGCAGCAAGUGCCUUCUCUGUGCUUGGACUGGUCAACACACGCUCCAGAAACCGACCCUUCUGAGGACCCUCAACAAUAGCAGUAUUGUCCUGUGCUACUGGUCUGGGAUUCAAACUUCCCCUCAGUCUUUUGUUUAAGAGGAUACCUCAUUUUAACCCAAUGUCAUAAAAAAUUAUGCAUUUAUCUAUUUUAUCAUCCUUUGUAUUGAAGGCCAAGCAGACCAAAUACUUUAUAAGGUAGAGAUGUUGCAUACAUUAAAAUGAAAAUGUUAUAUCUUGCUGGAGAUACACAUUUUGAGAUGUUGAAAGGAUUGGUUGGGUGAAAAUUGAAUAUAAAAUGUGACAAAGGAAUCAUUCAUAAAGAAAACUGAAACAUUA